AUGGAUCGUUCGAAAGCCCGAGACCUUUGUGUUGAAUCUCUUAAAGAUCUAAUGGUUGGAACCGAACCCAAAAACAUUGAAAAUGGAAACGGUUUCUACCAAUACAUUUUUACCAACUUCCCCGAUUUGCGUGUCUACUUCAAAGGAGCUGAGAAAUACACAGCCGAAGAUGUUAAGAAGAGCGACAGAUUUGAGAAACAAGGACAACGUCUCUUAUUGGCAUGCCAUUUGUGUGCCAAUGUUUAUGACAAUGACGAAGUGUUCAAAGCUUACGUUCGCGAGACUGUGAAUCGCCAUCGACAAUUCAAGAUGGAUCCGGCUCUAUGGGAUGCUUUCUGGUCUGUGUGGACCGGUUACUUGGAGUCGGUUGGCUGCUUCAAUGAUGAACAGCGAGCUGCUUGGAUGAAGUUGGGAAAAGAUUUCAACUCGGAAUGCCAAAUUCAUUUGAAAAAUCUAAACCUUCCGUGUGUUCAAUAA